UACAUAUCUAAGUUCAUUAUAUUAUUGGCUUUUCUCUACAACCCAAAUCAAUUUAAUCAACUAAAAUACAUUGGACCUUAGCACUACACACAUGUCAACUAAAGAGAAUAGCAUAAUAUCUCUGUAUGUGCGAUGUACUAGUAACCAAUUACUAACGGAACUGUUAGUAUUUAUUAACGGAAUAUCAACGAACAUAACAACAGAUGCUUUCGUUGAUGCUCAUUCCUUGGCCUUUUGUUACUAUUCCAUUGCGUGGUUAUAUUUCCUAACAUGGAACGUCUCGUUGGUAAAUAAGCGUGGUAUUUCGUUGCGAAUUGGUUGGCACAACAUUGACUAGUCAAAAUCGUUACAAGUUCGUUGGGAACAACCAACGGAUUAUUUUCCCUCCGCAAUUUUCAUUGGUAAAAGCGCUGUAGUGUUUGUAUGGUUAAAUAACAACUUUGAUUGUGUUGUUUGCUGUUAUUGGCUUGGUCGUUUCUUUUGGCAGGUGAGAAGUUGAUGGAGUGAAGGUGGAUUUGGCUACCCCUUAAGUUGUUUCUUCAUUAGUUGAAUAUACCUUUCUUGUUCUCGAGCUUUUUCCAUUGCUUCAGACUGCAGAAUUCGAGGAGGUUUGUGAACAUAUAGAGCUCGUUGCAACUCAGCUCGCAACCCAGCCAUAAAGCUGGACAGAGAAUGGUUGUAGUAGGAGGGCGAGAAAUUAGUCCCAAGUGAGGCCUGGGUGCUCCUGCUGCUCACCUUCCAGGUACAUAAAGGCAAAAGUCAGUUGGGUUUGGGAGUCCAUAACUGGAUUAAGACAAAAGAGAAUUUGUGGGCCUCGGAAGACUGGGAAUGGCUGGGGUGUGGUUGAAAAUACGUUGAAGACUGGGAGUAAGUAGAAAUCGAGUAUGAGUAAGUUGGGUAGGUUGAAUAAUAGUAAUUUGGUUGGGUGAAUGGGAAUUAGAUUUGUCCGAUCGAUGAGGAUAGUUAAGGUUUGGUUGGAAAACUGGAGGUGUGGUUUUUAGUUUUAACUAGAGCAAUGAUGUGGAGAACGGUGGGGCAUGUGACCGGCGGAGAACUAAUGAACACAGGCCGUGAUUGCAUAAAUACUGGUGGAGUCAUGGUAGUGAGCAGUUUAUGAGGAACAUUGCCGUGUGAUUUUAGCCUGAGUGGUGGUAUACAGAUUAGUGGAUGAGAUAGUGGUUCCAGUACUAGAUCCAGUAGUGUAGUGGGUUGAGUAGCUUGUUUUUGAAGUUUUAUCACCUCAACUUCCCUGCUCUGAGAAGUGAGAUCUUGCAUGUCACUCUUCAAUUUCUCCGCCAGCAUAUUCACAUUAAACCUCAUCUGGGUUGUCAUAGCUGCUAAUUGCGAUCUAUAUUCCAAUGCUCUUUGUGCGGCACGGUUUAGUACAUUCUCCGAAUGAUUUUUCAGCAAUUUCAAUUUUUGUUCAUAUUUAGUUAAGGAUGACCAACCAAUGAUCAAGAUGGAUUGAUUGUUAAUUUGUACGAUUUGAUUGUAAUAAAAAUGUAAGAGAAGAAAUGUACAUUCAUUUACUUGUAUAAAAGCAUAUGAUGGGUUCCUAACCGCCUUUGACAUUACAUGUGUAAUACAUUAGUUAUGGUUAAUAACUAAUUACUCAAUUAGGAUUUGUGUGGCCAGUCUUAACAGUUAACACAUUUGUUAUGGUUAAUAAGUUGGAUUGAUAUUACCAUGCAUUUUCUUCAAUCUUGUCCAGCCAACUCAAAAUAUCAAUCGGUACUUACAAGUGAGCAUGUGGCUUGCACAAUGUGGGGUUCAAAGUUCCUUAAAAUGGCAAAACAUGACCAACAAGUCCAUAUGCUUUCUUAGGGGGAAAAAACUUGAUUCCCAUUUUUCAGUUUUCAAUAAUUUAAUAAUAAUGCAGACUGAAUUCAAGUUCAUCAAUUCCUUAACAAUGAUGUUGAGAUUUGCAUGUUUCAUCAUGUUCUUUUCUGGUUUUCUUGAUUUUCCUUCUGCAUUGGCUUCGAAUCCACCUGGUGCAAACUUAGCUUCUGCAAAAUCUGAGCCCUUUACAGACUUGUUUGGUGCAUUCACUAAGUGGGAUUCUCAAGUGGGCUGUUCACAGUUUAAGCAUAAACAUCGCGGUUUAAUGAUAAACAAUGGAUCAGCUUCUGUGCAAGAUGUUGAUGGGGCCAUGAAGUGUGGUGAACUGAAGAUGAAUCAUGUGGGUGUUUUGCUUAAAGGGUGGACUUGGUUGCCUGAUUAUUUGGAUAAUUUGUAUUCUUGUCGAUGCGGAUUGAGUUGUUUGUGGACUAAGUAUCCUGUUCUUGCUGAUAAGCCUGAUGCAUUGCUGUUCGAAACCACCACGUCUAAGUUUCUGAGAAAAAACGGGGAUCCACUUCAGGUGUACAUGGAUCUUGAAGCUGGAAGAGUGCGAUCAGGUGAAGAGGAUAUCUUCAUCAGCUAUCAUGCCAAAGAUGAUGUUCAGGCAACUUAUGCCGGGGCUUCUUUUCAUAAUGACAGAAAUUACCGGGUGUCUUCUUCCAAGCGAAAUGAUGUUCUGGUCUAUUGGUCUUCAACGCGCUGUCGUCUUAAAAGAAACCAGCUUGCACAUAGUCUACUAAAGUUGCUGCCUCAUCACUCAUUUGGCAAGUGUUUGAACAACGUUGGUGGAGAAAACAUGGCACUCUCUUUGUAUCCGAAAUGUGUAAUGAAUCCCAAACAACCCCCUAAGUGGUACGAUCACCUGCAUUGUGCAAUGUCUCACUACAAGUUUGUUCUUUCAAUUGAAAACACCAACACCGAGAGUUAUGUCACAGAAAAACUGUUUUAUGCAUUAGACUCUGGCGCAGUUCCAAUAUAUUUUGGAGCUCCGAAUGUCUGGGACUUUGUCCCUCCACAUUCAAUAAUAGACGGGACUAAGUUUGGAUCCAUGGAAGAAUUGGCUUAUUACGUCAAGGCUCUGGCAAAUGAUCCAGUAGCCUAUGCAGAAUACCACGCUUGGAGAAGGUGUGGCGUUCUGGGUAAUUAUCAGAGGACUCGCGCAGCUAGCUUAGAUACGUUACCAUGUAGGUUGUGUGAGGCUGGCUGUUAGUAAAAAGGGUGGGAGAAAUGCAGAGGCCUCUCAGUUGUUUUUUCGCUUCAAGGAAUCAGACAAUAGGCAUUGCAGAGCUAAAAGCGAUUAACACAAGACUCUUCCAUCGACAAAUUUGAUUGUAUUUGGCUGUUUAAAAUGUGCCUGAAUGUUGUCUACUAGCACCUAAAUAAGGCUUUCUGUCAAUUUUUGUAUGAUUGUAUGGUGUAGUCUUUUUGAAUCGUACAACUAGAUAAGGCCUUUGAAGACAUUGUCUGUUUUAUGAAAAAUGAACAACAGCCUGACAUUGUUUUUUUUUGCGAGAAAAAACGGUGUUUUAGUGUGAAA